AUGAAGAUGAAUACUAAAGUUAGCAGUCUUUUUCCUACAUUAGUCUUUUUAGCUUUCUUUCAUCUUUCUUUUGUUUCUUGUAGAAAAAUAAUAAGCAAUGUUGGUGAAGAUGGCUUCACUCUUGAUUUUAUCCACCGCGAUUCUUCUCGUUCACCUUUCUACAACCCAUCAAACACUCAAUCAAACCGCCUUCGAAAUGCCUUCCAUCGAUCAGUUUCACGUGCUUCUUUUUUCAGUAAAAAUUCCCUUGCUACUACCAACACAAUCCAAUCGGAUAUUUAUCCAAUCCCGGGAGAAUACCUCAUGAAACUCUCCAUUGGAACUCCACCAGUGGAAAUUCUAGCCAUAGCCGACACUGGCAGUGACUUAACAUGGACGCAAUGCAAGCCUUGCAUUAAUUGUUUCAAACAAACAGCGCCUCUUUUUGAUUCCAGAAAAAGCUCUACUUAUAAAACCGUAGGUUGUGACACUAAAGAAUGUGCAUCAACUGGUUAUUCUUGUGUGAGAGGAAAUGUUUGUGAAUAUCAAAUGAAUUAUGGUGAUGCAUCACACACUGUUGGUGAUCUUGCUUUUGAAAAAUUCACUUUUCCUUCUACUUCUGGCAAAAAUGUAUCAAUUCCUCACGUUGCCUUUGGUUGCGGUCAUGACAAUGGUGGAACAUUUAUGAAGUAUACUUCUGGCAUUAUUGGCUUAGGGGGUGGCGAAGUUUCAAUUAUCAACCAAUUGAAGAAACAAAUCAAUGGGAAAUUCUCUUAUUGUUUGAUCCCAUUGCAAUCAUCAAAUUCCAAUUUCACAAGUCACAUCAACUUUGGGAGUAGUGCCAUCGUGUCUGGCAAUAAAGUAGUUUCAACUCCUUUGAUAAAAAAGGAAUCAUCCACGUUCUACUAUCUAAAUUUGGAAGGUGUGAGUGUCGGCAAUAAGACAUUGGAAUUCAAAUCUUCUAAAAUUGGUUCUUCCUCUAUUGGUGUUGGUGGUGAUGAAGGUAACAUUAUAAUCGAUUCUGGUACGACGUUAACGCUGUUGCCUAACGAUUUUUACUUGAAUUUGGAAUCGAUGUUGGUUGAUUCAAUCCGUGCUACUAAGAAGGACGAUCCAUCAGGGACUUUUGGUCUAUGUUACGAGUCUGAGAAUGGUACUAUCGAUGCUCCAACUAUUGUUGCACAUUUUACAAAUGCGGAUUUAGAGUUGGCGCCUUCGAGUACCUUUGCGGAAGUGGAGGAAGGUUUGGUUUGUUUGACAAUAGUGCCAGCACAGGAAAUUGCUAUUUUUGGAAACUUGGCACAAGGGAAUUUCCUAAUUGGAUAUGAUCUUGCGGCUAAGAAAGUGUCCUUUAAGCCUACAGAUUGCACUAAGUACUGAGGAUUAACUAGAUAAAUUUCUGGAUCAAAUGGGGUUGAAAGUUAUGUAAUGAAUUUGGCUUUAGCUAACUAGUGUUAUUUUUUUCCUUCUUCGUUGUUAGUCUUUUGC